CAGGAAUGUUAACACCAAAAUUCAGUAUCGAACAAACUGAGAAGUUUGUUAUUGUAACCUUACACAUUCCACAUGUGAAAAUAUCAGAGUCAGAGAUAUUCAUUGAGGACACAGAGUUCAAGUUCUAUUUGAAGCCAUACUAUCUUCGUCUGAAUUUCAGUAAUGAGAUCACAGAGGAUGGAUCAGAGCAUGCUCAAUAUGAUGUUGAAAAGGGUGAUGUUAUUGUUCAUAUUCCAAAGAAAAAUCCUGGUGAAGAUUUCACUGAUCUAGCCAUGAUAAAUAAGCUUCUUGCUCCAAAAAAUUCCGUUAGCAAGCCUAAGAUUGAAGUAAUUGGCUCCUCUAAUGAUCAAGCAGUCAAACCCUUACCGUCUUUUCCAGAAGAUUUCACCUGGGAAUGGGACCAAGAAUAUCCUCAAGAAGAUUAUAGUUCUGACUCUGUAUUCUAUGGCUUUUGCAACAAGUAUAAAAAUCAUUAUGCUUCAUUUGUCAAUGAAUUUCCAGAGUUAUUGGAUUUGCCUAUGCCUGAUCAAACUCACCCAUAUAAUAGAAAGGCACUUCUUCAACUGGAUUUGUUGGGGAAUUUCGAUAUGGAACAUUACUUGUCAGACUUCUUGAAUAUGAACGAAUUUGUGGGUGAUGUAAUUCAUUACCAACCAAGGUACAUGAGUAAUCCAGAUCAAUUUAGUUUUGUGGAUGAUGAGCAGCAGCUGUUAUGUCAGUUACCUCAUUGCACAAUUAACAUUGAGAAAAUAGAGAUUAAAAGAGCUUUGAUUGGGCUGGUGGAUAUUUUAUUUGCUUUUGUUUUUGAUCAUCUGACUAAUUGUGGAGAGAUAUCAGUGGAAUCGCCAUGGAAUAUUUGCAAGAUAAGUUCUCAGCUCUCUUGGCUUCAUACUCCCUCAACGUUGAAAGAGUGCUUACAACUGAACUUUUCAAGGGCGUUGACUUUUCCACUUUACAGGCAUUUUGAUUUUUGUUCCAGAGUCUUAGAGGACUUAAAAUUUAUUGUUUCGAAAGGUCGACCUCUGAUUUUGAAAUGUCUUCUAGGUGUUUACGAUAUUCUGAGAAAACAUGAAUAUUAUUAUCUUCACAAUAAUGUUUUUGUUAAAGAUUAUUGUUUGUGGAUACAGACUGUUGAUGAAAGGCAUGUUAAGAAGCUGAUAGAGGCAUUGAACAAUUUACCAGUCAUAACUAAAUCUGACUUGCCGUUCCCUCUUGAAGAAUUUGAAGCAUUUACUGACAUGACUAAUUUGGAAAGUUCUGAGGAUUCAGAGACGUCUUGUUCAACAGAAUCUGAUGAAUCCACUUCAGGGAGUGAAUCAGAUGACUCCUCAAGUAGUGAAAUAGAUUUGCGGAGUAUGGCUGUCAAACAGUCAGUGUGUGAUGAGAAUGAGGACAUUAAUAUGUCGUGUUUGAGCGCAGCAAUUGAUAACAUUUCUUUAGCUAAGAAUUCAGAUGAUUUUAACAAGCCGGCCAAUGUUUUAAAACCCCUAAUCGAGGAACUUGAUUGAGUUUUUACAGCUUUCUCAACAAAUCAUGAUAUCAUUUAUUGCCAUUGAUG